CUGUCCACGAGGGUCCGCUGUGGUCCGCGUGAUGCACAUGUUCUGCACCCAUGUCCGUGAGGGUCUGACGAUGAAGGGGACAGGUGUGUCUGGAGGUGAAAUCUCACAGAGGUUGUGGGAUUUGCUAAUAAUGUACGAUGUUACACAAUAUGUUUAUACGUGUUGUGUAGUUGCACUAAGAAGCAUAAAGUUCAGGGUCUGCAGUGCGUUAUGGAGGCUGUAACGUAAACAGGAUGAGAAUGAGACAGUCUGUUUUAUUGUUGGUAUUAAUCGACUGUCCGAGCACAGAGACACUUAUCUAUCACCAUGUCUGCAUCUCUGCUGCUCCUUCUGCUGCUCGGUGGCUCUCAGGCGUCUCACUACUAUGGGACGGUGAUGACUUUUACCCCCAAAGAGACCAGGGAUGAUGGAUCCAUCAGGGUUGUCUUUCACUAUAAGCUGAACUUCCGCUCGUGCACCGACAGCGACUCGUGGGACUGUGUCAGCGGUGACUGUGGGACUGAGAGUGUAGUGGUCAACAUCGUGGACAAGGAGGAUGGACGGUGGUGUCAGCUGGAAGGGUUAAUGACUCGGCAGGUUUCCACCGACGCUCCGUUUCAGCUGCGGUUGGACGGUGGUGACUGGAUAAGCGUCAAAAAUGGCGUCAGUAACUGGAGGGCAGUGACUAAGGUGGACUUAAGGGUUCGGUCGGACACGGGCCGCCCCAACAGAUCACCCCAGACCACCAUCCUGCCGGCCCUGCAAGUUCCUUCAAACUGUCAGAGAGACUUCAGCCUGUUAGCCUUUGACCCUGAUGGAGAUGAGGUUGUAUGCAGAUAUGGAGAUACUGCAGCAGGGGAGUGUAAUCCUUGUUCACCACCGUCUGUUCUGACCAUCUCACCGCGUUGUACGUUGUCGUUUCACCCAACCAGCAGCAGUAAUGAAGGAUCAUAUGCAGUACAGGUGGAGAUGGAGGACUUCUCCAACCAGUCUGUGUCCCGCGUUCCCAGUGAUGCUUUCAGCAAAAUACCGAUCAGAUUUGCUUUAAUGGUGGACCCUGCUGUACCAUCGUGCACAGAAGGACUCUAUCUGCCCAAGUUCCUGCCUCCAACCCCAGUCAAUGGGGCUCAGGUGUUCGCCUACAUCAACCACACCCUGGAGAUUACCGUCAAGGCAGAAGCAGCCAACUCACAGGUUUCUGAGCUCCUGUUCAGUGGGCCACACAAUGUUGUUCACCAGACUGGAUCAGGGGGACAGUUCAACCUGAGCUGGACGCCGUCCGAGGACCAAGAUGGAGAAAACCAUCCCAUCUGCUUUGCAGUUCAGGCAGCAAACGAGCCAACCAAAUAUUACUCUGAGCUACGAUGUGUGAUUGUGAGUGUGAGCAGCGAACCACCCACCACAGUCCUGCCAGCAACUACCCCACAAACUACAACCCCCGUUCCCUUCAUCCCUGUAAAUGAAACAGAGGUUUACAGCAACAGGUCUGAGGUGCUGGAGGAGUCCACAGGACCUGAUGAAGACAGCAGUGGCGUUGGCAAAGUUGUUGGUAUUGUGUUUGGUGUUGGAGCUGUCAUCGCUAUUGCUGCUGUUGGAAUAUGGGCUGUGAGGGGAAGUCUACUGUGAGGGGGAGUCUGUUGGCCUAAACUCAGGGCGAGGGAUAAGGAGAGGGGAGGAGAAUAUUUUCCGCUGUAAAAUCUGAACGUCUGGACAUGAGGGGAGCACAGAGAUAUAACACAGUACACUGAUUUUCUUUUACUUUGUAAAUAGAUACGCAUCAUGAAUGUUCAGUAAUUUGUAUGCAUACAGCAGCACAUGAGGAUCAUUAUGUAGAAUGUGUAAAAUAAGUUGUCACUUUGGCUCCAUCUAGUGGUCAACUGUAGAAUGACACUGUAAUAGAAAACAAUAAAGGCUGUAAAUCAAAGUGCAGGUUUGAUAAAAUGAACACAUACUAACUGAAAGGUUGAAUGUUUACAAACAGAACAGUUGGACUUUGGUGCAGAAACUGGAUUGAAAUGUUAUUACUGAUAAUUGUGUUGAUGGUAAUGAUGAUAAUAAUGAUACUGACAUGAACCCAUUCAUCAGGAUUAAUCAUAAAGUCAAAGAAGAUUUUCACAGAUGAGCCUUAAAGGAAGAGACAUUCUGCACACACUGAUGUAUGAGAUAAUGGCACCAUUUUCUAGUAAGACACAUUUUAUUAGGCUUGUUGUAACUAAUAGCUUUAUGAGUGGUUAAUAAAUACUUUAAACAUUG